AUGCGAUAUCAACAUUGGUGUUUUAUAAGCGCAUUUUUAGGAAAUGUCCUCGCCCAAUCAACAAUGACUAUUAAUCUUCAGCACAAUAGGGUUGAACAACCUGAUUGCCCGCGAAGGUUGCACUUCUGCUCGGAGACGGCAUGGAGGCAAUGUGCUGCUCCAAUUAUAUCGUCGGACCGCUGCGUCGCCGCUGACAGGCUUAAUGAUGUCGCUUCCAUUGCAAUCGACUUAGGUUUAUGCUGCCAGUUCUUUAGUGACGAUACAUGCAAUACGGUAUAUAAAGUUGGAGAAGAAGAAGAAGGACAAUGGUAUCCUGGCCUAAAAGAAGUGUCUAGUACUUUUAAAGAGGGAGUAGGCAGUUACAUGUGCAGAAAUGGGACUACUUCGUCGAUUUGUCCAGGGGCAGGUGCUGGAAAUUUGAUCAUUUCCAACAAUGCGGCUACUCCCACCAUUCUCACGACAUCUUCUAAGGUUGUCUAG